AAAAUAUGGAUUCAUUGUUAAUUAGGUGGAAAAAGAGGAAUAGACACGGUGGUAUUAUUCCUAAACAGAAAAUGUCAGAUGCUAAGAAGUUAAAGGAAAGCAUUGAAAAGUUGGAAUUAGAAAAGAAUGAUGAUGAAUUCUUAAAAAAUCUUGGUAAUGACAUCGCCGAGAUAGAUCUGAGUGGGGAGACAACUAAGAUAAGAAAAAGAAUAAGCACUCUUCUUAAAGCUGAGUCUUCAAAUGAAGAUUAUUACAGUCAAUCAGAAGGGAUAAAAACAGAGAAGAUCUCUGAAAAAUCUAUCCAAGAGCUUCUAUCCAACUUUGAUUCGGAUCAAUAUAGUGUGGAAGUUUGCCCUCCUAAAGAAUUGGAAGCGAAGUUCAGAAGAAGGAGAUCUCGAAGAAAAUGCAAAGCAUCAUUUGUACCUAUACUCCCAAUCGAUGCUGAGGAAAUCAAGGAAGAGCCAGAUUAUGAAUCUGAUCAAGAUAUUGAAGAGGUAUACGAACAUGGUGAAGAAGAGAAAGACAAAAACGUUGGUUAUAUGCACUUUGACCAUCUUGAACCAAUUAUGGAGAUGCAAAGUUUUGAUGAAAGAGGAUCCUACUCAUGAAUCCUCUCGAAGACUCCUUCUCUAGAUUACCAUGAUGCUGAACUGUAUGAAUUUAAAGAGCUCACCAGCAGCAAAGCCCUCAUUAAUAGAGUUCCUUACACAUUCUUGAAGAACACAAGUAAAGCUUUGAAGUGUAGUAUCCGUAAUCUCAGAAGAAAGAGUAAAUCUGCUCCUAAAAUUCCAAAAUUCAAGAGAACAAAGGCUGCCAUUAUUCUGAAGAAGAGGUCUUUCAGAAAUAGAUAGUCUAUUUUAACGUUAUCAAUGAUAAUUUACUAUCCAGG